AUGUCAGUAAACUACUCAACUCACAGAGUAGAUGUACCUGUGACAGAUUUAGAUGACGAUGAUGAUAUCUUGUUCAAUGAACAGAUGGGAAGACACGUUGGAAAUAUCGACGAUCUAGAUUUUGGCAUCAACGAGAACCCACCUUUCUGGAAGAGAUUCACUAAUUACUUCAGAUCCAAUUAUUCACCUAUUGAAAGUUAUGAGUUACGAGAUGCCAGUAGAUUUGACAUCAACGAUGAAGAUGAUGAAGAUGAUGAUGAACAACUCAAAGUUCAAGAUACGAAGAUUAAAAGACUAAUAAAUAAUCCUAGAGUAGCUUAUCUCAUUUUGAGUAUAACUUUGAUAAUAGGAGGGCUUCUAUUUGGGGUCAAGUAUACAAGUAGCUAUACUGUACUUAAUAUGAAACCUUUACUUUCGAAUUCUACCCAUGAAUUUUAUCCUACCACCAUCGUGAUUUCAUUGGACGGGUUCCAUCCUCAUUACAUUAGUCCUAAAUUAACACCCGCUCUUCACGAUAUGAUGAUGAAUGAAUUUGGAGCUCCUUAUAUGACACCAUCAUUCCCAUCGUCAACUUUUCCAAACCACUGGACGUUGAUUACAGGGUUAUAUCCUUCGGAACAUGGGAUUGUGGGGAAUACCUUCUAUGAUCCUAAACUUAAUAAACAGUUUGUUAACACCAAUCCUAAACAAGGUGGCCUCGAUCCUGACUUUUGGCAAGGAGGUGAACCUAUCUGGAAGACAGCUUUCAAACAAGGUGUGAACUCCGCUGUCCAUAUGUGGCCAGGAAGUGAAGUUCCUGGAGUAGGAAUAGAUGGUGGUCCUUUAUUUGUUGAUAGAUAUAAUGGGUCGGAAUUAUUAUCUUCUAAAGUCAAAAGAGUUAUGGGUUGGUUAGAUGAAGAUAUCAAGAAGAGGCCGGAACUCAUUCUUACUUAUGUCCCAACAGUUGAUCUGUAUGGACAUAAGUAUGGGAUCAGUGGAGAUGAAUUGAAGAAAGCUUUAACCUACGUGGACGAUUUUGUGUCCUUGAUGAGGAAGGAAAUCAGUCAUAGACAUUUAGAUAAGAUUGUUAACUUGAUCGUCGUCAGUGAUCAUGGUAUGGCUCCUACUUCUAAUGACAGAUUACUUUAUCUUGACGAUAUCAUUGAUUUGAACAAAAUCGAGCAUAUAGAUGGAUGGCCCUUAUUUGGGUUAAGACCAUUUAAAGAGCAUUCCACUGAGGACAUUUUCAAAGAGUUACAAGAAAAUCUCUCUACCAAAGAUAAUAAGGAUAGCUUCGAUAUUUUCAGAUUAGAAGACUUACCUGAAGAAUGGAAUUUUGGCCACAAAGAUCACAAGUUCAAUUAUAGAUUGGCUCCUAUCUGGAUUGUUCCAAAAGUUGGAUACUCGAUAACUACACAUAGUCAGAUGGAAGAAAACAAUAAUGAUUAUACUCCCAAGGGAGUUCAUGGGUAUAAUAAUACCGAAUUGUUAAUGAGAGCUUUGUUCGUAGCUUCUGGGCCAUAUUUCAAAUCCUCGCUGAAGAUCAAGCCAUUCAAGAACACUGAGGUUUAUAACAUCAUCUGUAAUACUUUAAACUUGGUUCCUUCUCCGAACAAUGGAUCCUUCCAAGGUGGUCAAGCUACUAUCAAUCUCAUCGAUUCGUUGCCUGACAAUUGGACAGAUGACUUGAUUUAUCCAGAUUUACCAUAUGAAGUCGAUCAUUUAGUUGAAGAUGCCACUUAUGAUUUAUUAUGGAAACCUAAAGAAGGUAAAAUGAAAACAGUUUACACUAGUAAAAACCCUAACCCUGAGAAAUCAAUUGUUGCUGAAGAAUCGACUUUCGGUACAUUUGAUCCCUCAUUACCCAAGCCAUCAGAUUUUUCCAAGACUUUGGAUGCUACCCCAUCUAUUCCUACUACGACUACAAAACCUGGGUUGUUCGAUAAUUUAUGGGACGAUUUAAGUCAUCUCGGGAAUGACAUAGGAGAAGGAUUUGAUGACUUGGCUGACCAAAUUGAUGAUACCUUUGAUGAAGUGGGUGACAAAGUUCACGAUGUUAUAGACGGUCUUUUCGAUCACGAUGACCAAUGA